UACAAAUUGCCGCGAAAUUGUGUCAGUGGGCAAUUUGCGUUCCAUUUUACAUUUCCCCAUUUCCCGGACACGAAAACCACCCUCCCAGGAUUUCUGACUGCUGGACAUUCGUCCUGCGUUCGCAGACCUCCGUCGUCCGUCAGAGGUAUUUGGCGCGAACGGAAGGUGAGUUAUCAAAAGGGGUUUAUCUUAUCGUGUUACGAUACUGGACAAUAUAGUUGAUAUCAGAGAGACAGCGUGAGUUUCUCCGAUUGAUAAAGUGUCUCAGUUUCUCGUGAAAAUUCUGAGGAAAAUGUUGACUCUAACUGUUCCUAAGACUAUUUCCAUCAACGAUGAAAUUGUCAUCGAAGGAAGCACUCCAGCUUCGGCAAAGAAAUUCUCCGUGAAUUUCGUGAUCGACGACAACAACAUUCCUCUACAUAUGCGGACGGAAUUCGGCACCAGCAGCUCCCAAGAUCGCCUCAUUCUCAAUCACAAAUCAAAUGGAAGUUGGCAGCAGGAAUUCACUGACUUUGUCUCCUGGACACGCCCUUCGCAACGGUUCCAGGUCUCUUUUUUGUUUGGUCGUGAGAGCAUCAUCAUCUACGAGAAUGACAGUUUCCUGGCCAGCUUCACCCACAAGCUCGACAUCUCCAAAACUCACACAAUCCAGCUCUGGGAUGAUGUCUCUCAGCUCGAUCGUUUGAGCUUCAAGUACACCUCCAGGGUCAGCAGAUCCGCCAGCUGUCCGACUCAGGAGCAAAAGGCUUGAAGUGAAAAACUUCAAGGCGAAAAUUUGAAAGAUUUUCCCCAUUAAUUGUACAUACUUUAUAUAUUUGAUUUGAUUUCUAAUAGACUUUUCGUGGGGUGUACAAAGUUGAUAAGCCGUCCGGAAAGAGAGAACCGAGUCCUUCUUCCUGGACGAUUUAUCUGGGCAAUCUCUUCACUGUCUCAAUUGGGCAGAGAAAAAAUCUUCGGAGAUUUCGGAAAGAAAAGAAUCGCGUUUGAGGGAAUUUAUGGAGAAAGUUUUAGAAAUCAAGAUUUUAUAAUCUUGACUGAAAAUUGAAAAAUUAACGGAAAUUUCACGAAAAUUUCUGCAAAUGCAAAUAAAUUACCAAAUUUUCCACUUAGAUAGCAAUAUUUCAUAAGUUUCCCGGAAAUUUUCCAAUAUUUCAUGAAAAUUUUCAUAUAAGCGUAGCCUAAUAUUUAUAAGAAUGAUAAUUGUGAAAAAUUGCACUUAUUUCGUUUACUAAACUAAGAAAAAUUUAAAAUUGCAAAACCUAAUAUCAUUUGUAAUAAUAAUUAUCCAAGGUUGCCUUCAUUCUUUCUCACAUGGGCAAUUUUGCAUUCCAUGAAAAAACCUUCACAUAGAUUUAUAGUAAAAUUCAGAAACGUAUUUUUUGUAUGAAAAUUACCCAAAAGUUUCCUUCGUUACACUAUCAUGUUAUAACUUUACGACGUAAAACUUUCGCAGUUUCAAGGUAGUUGUUCAAAAUUUCAUGAAAAUUUCCAAAAUUGCGAAGCCUAAUUUCAAUUAGAAUGAAGAAUUAUUCGAAGUUUAAUUCGUUUCUUUAUCAUUUCUACAAUUUUUCACAAGCCAGAAAAAGUUUCGCAUAUUUUCAGGGUAGUUUUCUAAAAUUUCAUGAAAAAUUCUAAAAAUAUGAAACUUAAUUUCUAUUUGAAUAAUAAACUAACCGAAGUUCCUUGCGCUUCUUUCUUAUUUGUUCAAUUUUUCAAAGCACAGAAAAUGUUUCGCAUAGUUUCAAGGUAAUUUUCCAAAAUUUCAUAAAAAUUCCCCAAAUGUCGAAACCUAAUUUGUAUUUGAAUAACAGAUUAGCCGAAGUUCCCUUCGUUCCUUUGUUAUUCCGGCAAUUUUUCACAAGGUAGAAAAACUUUUGAAUAGUUUCAGGGUAAUUUCCCAAAAUUUCAUGAAAAUUGCCAAAAUUUCGAAAGCUAAUUUCCGUUCGAAUAACAAAUUAUCCUGUAUUCCCUUAGUUUCUUCGUCAUUUUUGCAAUUUUUACCAAGACAGAAACAGUUAAAGCAUAGUUUCAAGGUAAUUUCCCAAAAUUUCAUGAAAAUUUCCAAAAUUGCGAAUUUUAUUUUUCAUUCGAAUGAUAAAUUAAUCGAAAUUCGCCUCGUUUCUCCAUAAUUCCUGCAAUUUUUCAGAAAACAGAAAAAGAUCGUAUAGUUUCAAGGUAAUUUUCUAAAAUUUCAUGAAAAUUUCCAAAAUUUCAAAACCUAAUUUCUUGUUUAAAUGCGAUUUUUGAGUCAAUAGCAUUUAUUUACUGUUGAUAAUAUCACUGGAUUGGCAAUUUCUUACUCACGAUUCAAGAUUUUAUAUUAAUUUACAAAAUUUCAAGAAAAAUUCCCAAAAUUUCAGAAAAAAUGGAAAAUUUCAGAAAAAUUGGAAAUUUUUUUAAAAGUUUCAUAUAAACACAAUUUCAUGCAAAAAUAAGAGAUUGCGUGAUAAAUUUGAGGCUGAUGAGAAAAUUGAAAGCAGCUUUUGUUUGUAGCAAAAAUAGAACUCAGGAAUUUGAAACGUCAAUAAACUUUCUCCUCCCCCAUUCAGAAAAGAUCAUUUUCUCUCCCAAUCUCCGGAAUGCAAAUCAAUAGUCCAUGAGUGACAAUUAUACAUUAUACAGUAGUAAAUUCACAAAAUAAAAUAUGGCUAGAGACAUGAUGAUAUUUAGCUUAAAUCUUAAACACUAAAUUUUGCUCUCCUAAAUCUACACUUUUUUUCCUUUUAAACAUUAUCUUUGUGUUUUGUUUUACUUGCAUUAAUUUAAUUUACACUAAAAUUAUCAUUUUUUUUGUUUCUUUUGUAAAAUCUCUGUAUAGUUAUCAUUUUGAGAUUUCUUGUCAUUUUUUUUAAUGCAAAUAUCAUGUAUGAUCAAUAAAUAUUUUGUUUCUUCCUAAAAGUAA